UCUUUACCCAAACUGUCACUCAUUUGAAUUCCAGACACGCUUCUUCCAUUUCCGGCUGCACUAGUACUACACUACGGAGUACUUCAUUAAUUCACUCUCUGCAAAUUGAUAUUCAAUAUCUUCAUCAUUUCAGCUGUUGAGGUUUUUGGGUGCUCAAAAUAUAAACACAAUUUCCUCCUUUUUAGUUUCUCCAUUUUUCAUCUACUGUAAAAACAGAACCAACAAUGGUGCUUACACGCAGUGGAGGAACCCCCCAAAAAAGAAAGGAAUAUGCGGAGAAGCGUAAAUACAUUAAAAGGAAAAGCUUGUUUGGAUCUCCCCAACUUGACGACCAAGAUCAUCCCUCCCCUGUUUCUGCUCCUCCUCCGGUAACUGUUAUACCACAAUCGACACAUUCAGGAGCUAGGCUCCUCUUUUCUGAUGUAUUAAAGCAUCAUUGUCAGAACACGGUUACACACUCUCCUAAAAGACGGAGAACAAGGAUGCCAAAGAAGGAUUUAGAAACCAAAAAUUUCGAGAAGCUGAUAGUGGAAGUGACUGAAGGGUUAAGUCCAAACAUUGGAGAAAACACAAGCUUCAUUCAGAACAACUUACAAGGCAAAUAUCUUUCUGGUUCAGAUGCCGCUCAACCUGAUAUCCCGUUGUCUGCUGUACAGCAUUCAGAAGCAGUGAAGCUGAAAAUGCAGUCUGCUGUAGAAAGAGAAGGAACUCCUGGUGAUGCUGUCAAUUUGCAAACUGUCGAGAAUAUAUCACAGGGAGAUGCUGAUAUAGAUAUGGAAAUAGAUGAUACCAACAGCAUAGAAGAUACAAUCUUUGCAAUGAACAAUCAUAAAGACCAAUCAUCCACAAAGACCACAAGCUUAACUCUGACGGAGCUGGCUCAACAGAUGGCUGUUGAUGAUGACAUUGUGAACUCUGUAUGUGAUAGCAGUCAUGUCUUCGUUGGGGGUUAUAAGGUAAAAUCUGAAGACUCGGGCCUCCUCGGCUCUAUUCUUUCCAAGCAUGGGGAUAUUGCUGAUAACUGCAAUUUCAAAACACCAUCAGUUCGUUCUCUGUUCAUACAACAUGUAUGUGACAUUGUUCAAACUUUGAAGAAGACUAGUAUUGCAUUCAUCACUACGAGUGAGCUUGAAAAGAUGGUAGCUGGCCUUAGUGAUAUUGAAGGAGCAUGUAUAGAAGUUGGAUGGCUCAAAGAGAGGCUCGUUGAGAUUUACGAAGCAAAGAAAGCUAUCCCUAUGCUUGGGCCAUCAUCCGAAUUGAGAAAGACUCAAACUGAACGGAAAUUCAAGAUUCAGUGUACAAAAGCACUUGUGGAAGAGUACAAGAGAGAGAUUGUUAUUAGAGAGGAAGAACUUCGCAAUUUAGAGGAAAAGUUGCGCAUGGCUGAGAGUGUACUUUCUGUUGACGAAGAGGAGGCUACGACAGCAGAAAUGGUGAUUGGUGAGUACAAGGACAAGUUGAGGCGCAUUGUGGAGUUAGGCUCCUUGCAUUGUGGUCUAGUAUGAUUGUUACUUUCGACAAACAGUCACAUUCGGGCCUGAUCAUGUCAUGGAGUUGUGUAACAACAAUGAUCUUCAGUUGAUUGUGCGUGCACAUGAAUGAAUGUGUCAUGGAUGGUCAACAGAAGCACGACUUUUGUGACUAAGCACUAUGUGUUUGUAGAUGGCAUGUAAUGACUUGGUUAAUGUUGUUAAAGAAUUAAUGUUGUAUGUUCUAACUUCAAAUUUACUAGUAAGUAGUUUUUGAUGACACUA